UUCCUUCCCUUUCCUUCCCUUUCUCUCUUACCAAUCACCCACCCAUCCAACCACUCGCAUCCAUACGUAGACAAUGCUCUCUCAUUAACACCUCUUUUUCGGAGAUACCCAAUGCUUCUAAGUUCAACCCCAAAUUGCUAGAGAAGCAACCCACAUUUUCUUCCCUUCACUCCGGCUUCUGGGUUGUUCUUGUUUUUGUGGGAUACCGGAAAAUGCACUACCCAAUUUCUGCCAUCUGGGUAUUUUUGUUCGUUUUGGUCCCUUUUUGCAAACCAGAUCUCGCCUCCGACAGGGCAGCGCUCCUGGCGCUCCGCUCCUCGGUGAGGGGUAGGACCCUGUUGUGGAAUGUGUCCAGUGACACCCCCUGCUCUUGGACAGGCGUUAACUGCGAGCAGAAUCGCGUUACGGUGCUUCGUCUACCUGGGGUUGCUCUCUCUGGCCAAAUUCCACCUGGGAUUUUCGGUAACUUGACGGAGUUGCGGACUCUGAGCCUCCGUGUCAAUUCCUUGACUGGACAGCUUCCUUUGGAUCUCGGUCAAUGCGUGAAUCUCCGGAAUCUUUACUUGCAGGGGAACAGUUUUUCCGGUGAGAUUCCGGAUUUUCUGUACCGUCUUCAUGCACUUGUUAGGCUCAAUCUUGCUUCCAACAAUUUCUCUGGGGAGAUCUCGAAUGGUUUUAACAAUUUGACUCGGUUGAGGACUUUACUUCUGGAUAGCAACCAGUUUUCUGGGUCCAUACCCGAUUUGAAUUUGCAAAAUCUUGAUCAGUUCAACGUUUCUAACAAUUUGUUGAAUGGGUCUGUACCUGAGGGAUUACAGAAGUACGGGUCGAGUGCCUUUCUGGGCAAUCUGCUUUGUGGGCUGCCACUUGAUAAUGCAUGCCCUCCUCCUCCUGCUGCAGCUGCUGGGAACGGAACUGAGCCUACCCCUCUAACAACAGCUGAGAAGCGAGAGAGGAAGAAGUUGUCCGGUGGUGCAGUUGCAGGUAUUGCGAUAGGAUGUGUUCUGGGUUUUCUGUUGCUUGUCGUGAUUUUGGUGAUUUUAUGCAGAAAGAAGAGUAACAGGAAAUCAAGGUCCAUCGACAUUACGUCCAUAAAGCAGCAGGAAGUAGAAAUUCCCAGGGAGAAACCGGCUGUGGAACUGGAUAAUGUUGGAUAUGGAUAUUCUGUGGCAGCAGCUGCAGCCGCAGCAAUGGCGGGGAACGCAAAAGGAGGAGAGACGAAUGGCACUGGGGCUAAGAAGUUGGUGUUCUUUGGGAACGCAACCAGGGUGUUUGACUUAGAGGAUUUAUUGAGAGCCUCCGCGGAGGUACUGGGAAAGGGGACAUUUGGGACAGCAUAUAAGGCGGUAUUGGAGGGUGGCGCUGCCGUGGCUGUGAAGAGGUUGAAGGAUGUGACACUUUCUGAGAAGGAAUUCAAGGAGAAGAUUGAGGGCGUGGGGGCUAUGGAUCAUCAGAAUUUGGUCCCUCUUCGGGCUUACUAUUACAGCAGGGACGAGAAGCUUCUUGUCUAUGAUUACAUGCCUAUGGGAAGCUUGUCAGCUCUUUUGCAUGGGAACAAGGGAGCUGGAAGGACUCCAUUGAACUGGGAACUCAGGUCUCGUAUUGCCCUUGGAGCUGCCCGUGGCAUUGAAUAUCUACACUCACAAGGUCCUAAUGUCUCCCAUGGGAACCUAAAAUCAUCAAAUGUCCUCCUCACAAAAUCCUAUGAAGCCCGAGUAUCAGAUUUUGGCUUGGCACAUCUUGUUGGGCCUUCCUCCACACCGAAUCGUGUUGCUGGGUACCGUGCACCAGAGGUGACUGAUCCUCGCAAAGUAUCUCAGAAAGCUGAUGUUUAUAGCUUUGGUGUAUUACUCUUGGAGCUACUGACUGGUAAAGCUCCCACAUAUGCCCUCUUGAAUGAGGAAGGUGUUGACCUCCCAAGAUGGGUGCAGUCAAUUGUUAGAGAGGAGUGGAGCUCUGAAGUUUUUGAUCUUGAGCUUCUCAGGUAUCAGACUGUUGAGGAAGAAAUGGUUCAGCUGUUGCAGCUUGCAAUAGAUUGUGCUGCCCAGUAUCCUGACAGGCGCCCCUCAAUAACUGAGGUGACAAGGCGCAUUGAGGAGAUACAUCGAUCCAGCAUACAUGAAGAUAUACACGCCCAACCUGAUGAAGUCAGUGACACAGAUGAUUACCGGUGAGUUCUUCAGGUCCAGGGUGAUCCAGUUGAAGGUCGUGGUCAUGUAUCUGUUUCUUCAAGCGGGCAGAUAUUUCUUUUAUUAGAAGCCAAUUGUAUUUCCUCCUUUUUUAGUUCUUUUAUCUCAUUAGUUUCCAAUUGUGCUACUUUUCAUUUGGAGCUUAUACUUGGGGGUGGAUUACUGUUUCAUGUGUUGUUGGGUGGAUCGUGGUGGUUGUAAUUAUUACUUUAGCUUUUUCUUUAUCAGCUUUAGCUUUUGUUGCAACUUUAUAUCCUUAGGCGGACAUUUGCAACCAAGAAGUCUUGCAUUUCAAUAUCUAGACAUGAUUGAGCAACUGCUGUGUUUUGUUU